GUGGAUCAAUAUUGUUUUGACAGAUCGCAUCCUGCGUUUAGCCGCGUCCAGCUGAUUUCUGUCACUUUGAAUUUCCAAUCAAUCGAUAGCCCCCGUGUUUAUUUCCAGUUUUCGCUCCUUAGAACCGUCCAAACAUUGUUUCCCUUGACCUGAUGCUGAUAAAAAUGCUAACGAGUCAAAUCGGCACUGUUUUGAAACAAGCAGUCACCACCUUCACCAACAAAGAGCUGUUCUUCCAAAACAUGGAGAUCCUCAAAGCCCUUUUGGACAAAACCACCGCCGAGGACGUGAACCUGCACCCCCAGUUCAUGACAGAGGCCCUGUGGCAGCGCCCCAACAAGGCCCCAGUGACCUACAUUGACAUCUACGAGGAUUAUAACCUCACAAUCGGCAUUUUCAUUCUCAAACCCGAUAUGAAGCUGCCCCUGCACAACCACCCCCAGAUGCACGGGCUCAUUAAGGUGGUCGGGGGGAAACUCAAAGUCACCAGUUACUCGCUAAACACUGAAAAGACGCGGCAAGUGGACGGGAAGGCCCCCCCAGGGUCGAAGUUCCUAACAGCCGAAAAAUGCGCCGAGAAUUUACUAGAAACCCACAGUGAGUGUUGUGUGCUUGAACCCGAAGUGCGGAAUUUACACGAGAUUGAGAGUGUGGGGGGCCCAGCGGCGUUCAUUGACAUUUUGGCGCCCCCUUACGAGACUGUUAUUCCGGGGAAUGGGGCACGCAAGUGCUCCUAUUUCCGGGUCUUGAGGGAGGUGGCCCCCAGUGUGUUCAGAAUGCAGGAAAUCACCUCGCCUAGUUGGUACUGGACUGACUCGUUUCCCUACACAGGACCGGACUUGUCCUAGCGAAGGGCUUAAUCUAAUUUCUGUUAUCUAGUCUCUUUAGCUUAGGACUUGCCAGUGUAUAAUUCCGUUCUUGUGAUAAGAUAACGCAUAUUAAGUUUAAAAUUUGUCUAAAAAUGUUUUAUUCAACAGAACUGCUUUUUUAAUAAAUCUGAAGUCUUGGUUA